UCGGGCCGGUUGUGUCGGCUGUGUGGUUCGCAGCGCGGCGAGCGUGGCAGGUGUGGCUGAGCUUGGCGUUGUUCGCCGUGCGAGCGUUGUCGUCUUCCGUUCCCGAGUCGAGUCGUGGCGCCAGUGUUUCAGUGUGUGGUCGAGCUGUGUGUGCCCUGUCCGUGAUCGCUCUUCGUUGCCGCGCGAUAGACACUCUGCCGCAACAACCACGGAAAGCAUGCGUCGGACAAGCGGCGGCCUCGUGAGGUGACAGCCGGUCGGCGGCGACGACGCACAGUGCAACGAGGCGGCUUUAUUAUAAUGACCACGCGCGCUGCACAGCUACCACCACAAUGAACGGAUUCUCCAUCCGGAUUUUCUGCGCAGGCCUCACCGUGGCCCUGCUGUGGGACCUGGCGUGCGCGGCGUCGCAGGUCUUCCUGAAUGGAUCCACGCGCCUCCUGCUGAACGACUCGCAGCCCAUACUGAGCGCAGUCACCAGCCUCACCUUCCGGACGUGCAGCAAUGGAACGAUACUCCGGCAGAGCUUCGGCAACGACUCCAUCUCGCUAGCCGUGCGCUCUGACGGUCCGCUCGAGCUCAGCUGGUCCGUCCAAGGGGUCAACGAUUCCGUCACGGUGGGGGCCAAUGUGACGGACAACCAGCUCUACUGGGUCUCCUUGCGUCCCACAUAUGGCCUGGUUUGGCUGCAUGUGGGUGAACAGCAGCCUGUGCUCGUGGCCAGCGACACCAUCAGGCCCUACCUACUCUCUCUUGCAUCGCAAGCAGCUGUGUCAACUGUGGUGGCACCUUUGGGGUUUCGUGGCUGCAUCUCUGGAGGCGCCAAUCUCCCCUUGGCCAGUGCACAUGCUGAGGGAAGCCCCACAUGGGAUGCCUGCCCUCUCCCAGAUGUGCGGCAUUGUAAGGACUACCGGGUGGACCCAUGCUUUGACUACUACUGCCAACACGGUGGCUUGUGCACACUACAGGGUGGAGUGCCCAAGUGCCUGUGCACAGCCAGGUACAGUGGCGAGCACUGUGAAAAAGAUGAGGGACCUCUGUGUGAUCGUGACCCAUGGAAGAAGAAGCCUUGCAUUAACGGCGGUGUCUGCGUGGAGGAUUGGCGGGGUAACAGCACGCAAUGCCUGUGCCGGGGGCCGUGGAGUGGCAGCGCAUGUCAGGAGCCUGCCCCCGAUGCCCAAUGUGAUCAGCCAUCCAAAAUGUGCCGGAAUGGGGGCAGCUGUGUGACUGGCAGUGUCCAGAGUCGCACCUUCUGCCAGUGCCCGCCAGGGUAUGCAGGUGUCUACUGUGAGCAGCAUGUCGGUGAGUGCCAGCUGGGCCUGUGCCACCAUGGUGGUGUCUGCACUGAAGGCCCUGUUGGGCCACUCUGCAACUGCCAGAACACUGGCUUCCGUGGUCCACUGUGUGAUGAGGAUGUUGACGAAUGUGCGGAGGACGGCAAGAACAUCUGCCUAAAUGGCGGCAGCUGUUUCAACCAGCCAGGAGGCUUUGAGUGCGUCUGCCCACCCGGAUUUGGGGGGCCACACUGCGAGCAGGCUGUUGGCCCGUGCAAGGACAGCUCUCCCUGCAUGCACAAUGGCACUUGCCAGGAGGUCGAUGGGGGCCUUAGCGGCAACACAAACUUCACCUGCCACUGCAGUGGUGUCCACUCGGGGCGCCACUGUGAGCUGCCUCGGACAUCUUGCACGCACUGGAGUUGCACACUCGGCACCCAGUGCAGGGCGCAGCUUUGGUGCGGCUGCUUGCCUGGAUAUCGAGAGGAUCCUGCCACGGGCCAGUGUGUGCGGCCAUCGAACUGCUCGUCGCCUUCGAAUCCAUGCCUGCAUGGAGGCACAUGCUACGACUCCAGCCAGUCUCCAUCACUGCAGACAGGAGGGCGGGCUUCAUACCAGUGCUUCUGUGCAGCUGGUUUCCGUGGAAGUCACUGUGAGGUCGCCGUCACCAGUGACCCCUGCGAUGUCAACCCUUGCCAGAACGGAGCCACGUGUCGCUCUGACAAUUGGGGAGUUGUGUGCCUCUGUCUGCCAGGGUAUUCGGGUGAUCUGUGCGAGCUGAAGGACGACCUGUGCAUCAGCAGCCCAUGCCUCAACGGAGGAACCUGCAUUGGCCUGGUGAAUGACUUUGUCUGCAAGUGUGAAAGUGGCUGGACAGGAAAGCAGUGUGACCGACAGCAUGACCCCUGUCGUGGAGCCAAUCCCUGUCUGCAUGGUACCUGCCACACUCUUUUGGGUGGCCGCUUUCACUGCCAGUGUCUGCCGGGAUACUCGGGUGAGCUAUGCGAAAGGAGGGAUGUUUGUACAGCUGACUGCAUCAAUGGAACCUUGUUCUGCCAUGAGCCAGGUUGGCAGUGCGACUGCCAACGUGGUGGAGAGACAUGUGGAAGUGAUGCAACUGUGUCAUCUGCUCCCGGUCCCUGCAGUAAGCGGCCGUGUGCAAACAAUGCCACCUGCCACCACAGUGAGCUGGAGCCGCAGGGCUACGUAUGUGCCUGCCCUCUGGGGCUGGUGGGCACCCACUGCGAACAGGAUGUGGAUGAAUGUGCCGGGCAUAAGUGCCCCAGUGGAAUGCAGUGCAUAGACAAGCUGCGUGGAUACGAGUGCAGAUGUCCUGAUCCUGAAGGCGUGUGUCAAAGCUUUGCCCUGCGUCCUCAGCGCUGUGAGCCAAACCCAUGUGUGACUGGUGCCAAGUGCCAAGAAGCCGACGAAGUGGGCAGCUUCCACUGCGAGUGCCCACGUGGCUACCAGGGUUCACUAUGUGCUGAAGAUGUGGAUGAGUGUGCUGCGCAUAUUUGCGAGCAUGACAGCCUGUGCCACAACCUGCCAGGAAAGUACCAGUGCUUCUGUCGGCCGGGAUUCACGGGCACACGCUGCCACAUAGAGGUGAACGAGUGCCUCUCACAGCCAUGCCUCAAUGGAGCGACCUGUGUGGACGGGGUGAACGAGUACAAGUGCAUCUGCCCUGGUGGCUAUCUGGGUGACCACUGUGAGAUAGACUUCAACGAGUGUGCCUCUAGUCCCUGCAUGCAUGGGGCUACCUGCCUGGACCAGGUCAAUGGAUUUCGUUGCGACUGCCCUGCGGGUUAUGAGGGCACUCGCUGUGAAAUUGACAUUGACGAGUGCCAAUCGGGACCGUGCCUCAAUGGAGCAAGCUGCCUGGAUCUUGUCAAUGGGUACGAGUGCAACUGCACUGAUACAGGCUUCGAAGGCGCACACUGUGAGCGAAACAUUGACGACUGCUACCCGGGGGCCUGCUUGCAUGGUGGAACGUGCGAAGACCGUGUGCGUGGUUUCUACUGCCACUGCUAUGAUGGCUAUGAGGGCAGUUCCUGUGAAACUGAUGUACCAGACUGCGACCCUCCAAGGCCGUCUGCUCCACCCUGUGAAAAUGGGGCUGCCUGUCUUGAACGCUCCAAUACGAGUCUCUACCGAGAAAACUAUCUGGGGCUCUUCCAGAGCUUCAGUUAUGCCACGGCUGCUGGAUAUGUCUGCCUCUGCCCACCCGGAUUUAAUGGAACAAGAUGCGAAAACAACAUAGACGACUGUCCUGGCCACAACUGCAGUAUCUAUGGUCACUGUGUUGACCUGGUGAAUGCGUAUCGCUGCGAGUGUCAGGCUGGAUAUGAAGGUGUCGACUGUGGAACUGAGGUGAACGAAUGCGAGGCAUAUCAACCUUGUCGCAAUGGUGCCACCUGUCAUGAUAAGGUUGCAGACUAUGAGUGUACAUGUGCUGAUGGGUAUGGUGACAAGAAUUGCUCAACACUCCUGAUUGGCUGCCGAGAGGUGCCGUGUCUGAAUGAUGCCCGUUGUGAGCCGCUAUUGACUGAUGAUGGGCAGCACUCAUACCGCUGCCAUUGCCUGCCAGGCUUUGCCGGAAACAUCUGCCAAACAGUUACAACUGCCUCACUGAACAAUGAAUCCACUUGGGACCUCACCAUUAAUGCAGACCGGCAGCGUGAAGGUGCGCUGGACCACCACAAGUUGAGGAUGCAAUUCCGAACAACCCUUCCCACGGGUCUGUUAGCGCGCGUGGUUCUCGAUAAAAGUCGCUUGCUGUUGGUUGCCCUGGCCCAAGGCCGAGUAAUUGUGGAGUCUGCAGAUGACUCAUUGGUCACCAUUGGUGAGGGACUGAAUAAUGCUGAAUGGAAGGAACUGAAUCUGGAAUUGUUAUUGGGAUCGAUAUCUGUGUCCCUGACUGAAGGCCCUAAUGCAACAGCCUUAUUGCCUGGCUAUGAUCCGGCAACUCCGCUGGUUUCAGUUGUCCUUGGAAGUGGACAGUCUCAUCGAGAUGCUGCCAAUAGUGUGUGGAGUUUGCAUAAACAGAACAUAAGUGGCUUUGUAGGGUGCUUGAGAGAAGUGUGGCUCGACGGAGUGCUGCAGUUGCCACGUGACCAGGCUGGGCUCUCUGAGGGUUGUCCACGUGAGGAGCAGUGCGUCACUGACACAUGCAGUGGCCAAGGCAACUGUGUGGAUCUGUGGGACCGGCACGAGUGUCACUGCCACCGACCCUACUAUGGCGAGCGGUGUAACAACAGCUACCCAGCGGCCACCUUUGGUCAUCACAACAGCUUGAGCUUCACCAGGCUGCGGGUGAAGCCUGAACACUGGGGCAGCCUUGGCCUGGGAGUCGAGGCCACCCUGUUUGUGCGCACCCGGAGUCCCUCUGGCCUGCUCUUCUACAUCGGUGCAGAGCCCUCGCCUACGCAGUCUUCAUCGGGUGAUGAGAGCUUCUUAGCUGCCCGGCUCCGUGAUGGCCGUCUUCAAGUGCUUCUGCUGAGCAGUUCCACUGGUGGUGCUGGAACAACCUACGUGCCUAAGAUUCUGCACCCAUCCAAGUUGCGACUGGAUGAUGGCAAGCUUCACUUUGUCCAGGUGUGGCUCAACGAUUCGUGGCUCGGAGCAGCAGUGGACGGUCAGGAGGGUUUGGAACCCCCGAUGAGUGGUGGCAGUGGUAACGUCAUUGCCCCCCACAUUAUCUAUCUUGGAUGGCUGCAGACGCAGAGUCAGCCACCCCUCAGGCGCCGACGCCGGCAGGCUGCAGUGGGUGGUGGUUCUUCCUGGCUGGGAGCGCUCACUGAUUCCGUUGGCAAUGUUGACGCAUUCAAGGGAGUGCUUCAAGAUUUGAGGCUCAAUGACCGGCCGAUCCCGCUGGUCAAGUCAGAAGAUGCGGAAGGAAUUGACAACAACACAGUGGCCGAACCGGUGCAGAGUCUCAACGUGCAGAACGGAGUGGUGGGCGAUGACGUCUGCAACAACAGCCAGGACCCGCCCUGUCGCAAUAAUGGCACGUGCAGGGACAUCUGGAAUGCCUACGAGUGUGUGUGCCCGCCUUCAUAUCGGGGCAACCGCUGUGAAGAAGUUAAGCCAUGUGUUCUUAACCACUGCCCUGAAAAAAGCACUUGCCAAGAUCUGGAGCAGGGAUUCGAGUGCGUUUCUUCAGCCACAUUCGACGCCAACCGCAGAGUGUCCUUUCGCUAUCGGGCAUUGCUGCCAAGUGAUCAAAGGGUGGACAGUGUGUCCAUGCGGUUCCGAACGCGCUCGCCGAAUGGCAACCUGUUAUGGCUUGCCUCCGGUCCAGGGAGCGGUCGUUUCUUCUCACUGUCACUAGUCGACAGUAAGGUGGAGGCUCGCUGGCAGUUCAACAGCAAGGAACAAAGGCUGCACUUCGGGAUUAAUGCCACACAGGGAGAGUGGCAGGAAUUGCGGGUGAACAUCAGCAACACCGCCGUAAAUGCCACUCUUGUUCCGGGUGACGUACAGAUGCUCCUCAGAACAGAUAAUGGGGUGCUAGGGCUCUCGGACCUUUUGGCAGUUGUUGCUCUUGCUGGUGACACUGCUGAAGUCUCCUCUGGAGGUCAUGGCGAUGUCCCAUUUGAGGGAUGCCUUGAGGAGGUGCGCCUUGGUGGUAUCCUCUUGCCAUUCUUCACACCUGACCAUCUUGUGAGCAGCAACACCACUGCCACGUGGGACCGAUUUGAGCUUGUUGGCUUGGAUGAGCCGUCGGCAGGCUGCAUUCUUUGUCGACCCGAUCAGUGUGCUCAUGGUGGCGAUUGCCAGGACCCACUGGAGUCAUACGUCUGUGUCUGCCCACAAGCCUACGAGGGUGAACGGUGCGAGCUCGAUGUGGAUGAGUGUGCAACAAACCCCUGUCAACAAGGAGCACCAUGCAUCAACCUCGACGGAGGUUUCCGGUGCAACUGCUCUAAUGGCUACACAGGAAAGCUUUGCGAGGAGCGCAUCUGGUACUGCAGCUUCAGCCCAUGCCAGAAUGGAGCCACCUGCAUGGAUGGUGAACCGGGCCACUUCAGCUGCCAGUGCACCGAUGAUUUUGAGGGCCAGAACUGCACUGACAGGAAAGUCAUCACGUGUGACCAAGCUCCCUGUCAGAACGAUGGAGUGUGCAUUUCUCAAGAACCUAAGGGGAAAAUUGCUUACGAGUGCAAGUGUGAGCAUGGUUUCGAGGGAACCAACUGCGAGCGCCCCCGUGACUUCUGUGAGAGUGCACCGUGCCUGCAUGGUGCCACCUGUGUGAGCGAAAGAGGUGGUUAUCGAUGCAUCUGUGUUGACGGCUACAGGGGUGAUGCCUGUGGUGAACUCAUAGACUUCUGUCACGAGCCUCAGCCUGACACCCCAUGCCUCUAUGGGGGGCAUUGUGUGCCACAUGUGGGUGGCUUCACUUGCAACUGUGAUGGCACUGGCUACGAGGGUGCUCGCUGCGAGACAAACGUGAACGAGUGUGCACUGGAGGUGUCCCCUUGUGAGCACGGCAGUACGUGCGUUGACACUCAGGGCUCGUAUGAGUGCAUGUGCGCCAGUGGCCGCUUUGGCCGGCACUGUGAGCACAAUGACACCUGCCACCUGGAGGAGCCAUGCCGCAAUGAGGCUCCCUGCACACCACUGGCCGAGGGGCGCUUCUUCUGCAACUGCACACCAGGCUACCACGGGCUCACUUGUGCGCUCCUGGUGAGCAGUGCCUCGCUGGACAGCACAGACCUGAAGCUGGUGAUUGGCCUCACGGUGGCGUGUGUGUUCCUGCUGGCAUUCAUUGUGGGGGCUACGGUGUUCCUGCGAAUGGCCAAGAAGAAGCGUGCAACCCGUGGCACCUACAGCCCAAGCAACCAGGAGAUGUUUGGUGCGCGCGUCGAGAUGAAUCCCGUGAUGAAGCCUCCACCGGAGGAGAGGCUGAUAUGAGGGGGAUUAACAGACAGUGGUUUUGUUCCUGCCCACCGCUGGUGGUGCGGCGGUGGUGGUAGUGGUGCUGCUGUGUCCCUGUGCUAGCUUCGCUUCACUUUGAACGGCACGUCUACUUUGAGACAGGUCCUAUUGAUCCAGAAAAGACUACGUUGCGGUCUCUUGGAGUGAAGGCAUGACACUUCAUUCACUAUGCAUGUCUUUGUGCUGGGAAGGCAUUGUUGAAUUGUUCCACGUCUGCACACCUCUGGCAACAAAGUUCCAGCCUGGCUUUCUUGCACUGAACUUAUGAACUGAGGCAGUUGGGCUCUUCAUGUGACACAAUACGAAGUUGUCUGUUCGCUUAAAGACCAAUAUUUCUUUUUCCUAGAAUUUGAGCCAAGAUGUUUCUCCUACUUGUCAAAUAAUCUUAGUUCUGAGACCAUCUUUACCACAGUUUUAUCACCAUGUCUCUGCAGAUGUGAUUCCAUAAUUUUGUUUUCUUGUGAUCACUCAACUGUACUGGCUUGCACCUUUUCUUCUCAGAGCUGGCAUGUUAUUUUUCCUUUUUUUGUUUCCUUCAGGAAAGGUUUUCAUUUAUUAUGACGAAACUAUUGCAUAUGCAGAAGCCUCUGCUGUGUGGCUGUUUUACUCAUUUUGAGUAACUCCUCAAUCUUAGCAAUGACAACUUCAAGUUUCAGUGCCGAGUUAGCCUGUCAUGCCAUCUUUGAAUUACUCUGGUUUCAUUUCUUACUGGCAGUGAUAAAUAUGCUUCUUUUUGUGUGCCUGUACAGAACACCCUUCGAUGCAUCAUUGUCCCAAGUGGUCAACUUUGGCAUGACUUUCAUGCCAAGAGUUCCAUAACACCAAACUUUGCUGGCUUGAGAGUCAAGUUGAAGAUAGCGACCUUCGUUUUUCGUGUUGCUUCGAUACUGAUGUCACCACUGCCAUAAUAGUUGUUUUGUCGCUAUGGCAAUGGCAUCGUGAUCCCAUCAGCACCACAUUGCCUUCUCUUCAAGCCAAGCACAUGUGCCUGGAGCUCUAGAAGAGCAGCUAUGACCACCAGCACCAUGGGACCAAGUGUGUUUGUGCUUUAUUUUUCUUUUAAAAGUUUGUCGUGACUCUGAUGUGCUGUGGGAUGUGCAUAUUAACAGACUACAUAACCUGCCACAAGGUUUCAGCUGUUGGACUGUGGAGGGUUCUUGGGAUGCACGGCAACUCAAACUCAAGAUGAGCUGACAGUGUGCAGAAGACUGAUGAAAUGUUUUGAACUCUGCCACACGCUUUCUCAGAUGUGAGUUCCUAUGGUGCUAUGAGCAGUGAGUUGCAUUGCCUUUGGUGCAAAAUGCAGACAUCGCUGUCAACGCCAGGACUCCGGAGUGAAGCAGAGUUAAUGGCACAUGCAGAUCCAAGUGUUGCUGUCCCAUUAGCUGCCUGUUUUCUUCGUUACAAACUGGCUGUGCUUGUUUGUGUCACACUUGUUGGAAUGGGCCUUCUACACAUAUUUUCAUUGCCUACAAAGAUAACUUUUCAGCCAAUGCAAUGACUCUAUGUAGACAUGUUGAUUUACGCUCUCUUUUCAGAGAUGCUGUUAAGGAAGCACUGUUACCUGAUACAGAGAUGUAUGGGUGCAUUUUUUCAGAUUUAUAUUUCUGUUCACUGCAUGUAUAAUACUGAGAAAAAGGUUAGAUAUUACUGAUGCGCUUUUCCUCAUUCCGUCCAGCACACUCAAUGUGCGACUCUUGCCAAAGCGCCUAUAUGAUGUUGGCUUUCUGUAGAUACUAAUGAAAUGCUAUCAUAUGAGAUUUAUUGUGUACAAAGCAAACCUUAUUGUAAAGUAUGUGCAACAGCUGUGUGCCUUUUGUCAUCACCAUGCCAGUUACCAAGGCAGCACAUUGGAUAAUAUAGAAAUGGCACAAGGCUUUCAAAGUGGUCAAGAACAAAACAUCUCAAUACACAGGACAGAGAAAUAGACAAAACAACACAAGCGCUCAUGUUGCUUUGCCUGGCUCUCUGUUUUGUGUAUUGAGCUGUUUUAUUCUUGAAAAUGCUACAUCAACUGGCCUGAACUUCUGCACUUUGAAGGUCAGUGCAGAGAAUUGGAAGCUUUUAGACUUGCCUAAUCCAAGUGAGAGGCUGCUAAUUUUUAUUAAGUUCCUGCAGUCUGCAAUUACGCUGCGUGGGAGGUGAGUUUUUUAGUUAGCAUAACAAUGUACUUAGUGUUUAUGUCAUGGGACUUCCAGCUCAGACAUGUAGGGAUUAGUGUGGAGACUGGACACUGGACACACAAGAGUGCUAAAGCCUGCACUCUAAAUCAACAGCACAAAUGAGAGGUAGUUAUUGCUUGAGUAUUAUCUUACAAGGAGACACUAGAAUAUCCUAUAGUUUCAACUGUGAGGUGUUUUUAUGAAAUAGCUCAUUUGGAGAUUGCUAGCACGAAACUACAGUUGGUGAUCCUUGGCAAAUUUUGUCUUGCUAGAACACCACUUGUGUGGCUUGUCAUUUGGGCGCCGAUUUCCCCUCACUCUUGGCAAAAGUAUCCACCAAGAUGUUUACCACAGGUUCCUGCCUCUGUUCAGCAGCAUGUUGUCUCAGUGCUAUGUGUUGGCAAUGUGCUACUUCAUUCGGAAGGCCACAGUUUGUUCUGUCGAUUACGAAGGGUAAUCGGAUGUUAUGCCUCAUGUUCUUGUAUGUACUGCAUUGCCAAUAGUGAACACGCAAAGUGUACAGACAAAUAACAUGCCUCGAGACGCAGCGAUUAUGCUUAUUCUAGCAUCAUUUCAAGAUCUUGUCUUUCACCGUCAAAAGUUCAGCACCGAGUAGCAGCAACAUUCUUUCAAUCAGUCCUUACGGCAUCCGUGGAUGGUGGCCUGAAUUCUGUACAAAUUCAAGAAUUACAGCCAAUUUAUGGCCAUCUUAAAGAUAUAGGUGAGCUAGACUGUUUUUCACACAGUAUCAGGCCUUUUACUCGUUAUGCAGCAACCCCCUGAUCUGCUUACAGUGAGGGAGAAAUCAUUUGUUUUUACUUCGAGCACUAUGAAAACAGAGUGCAUGCUGACUUAUAGUAAGGUGUCCUGUGCUUCGUCUUGCUUUCUUUUUCAUGUGAUCAUGCAAUAUGGAUGCCAUUGCAGCAGUUGUGAUCAAGAAUCUCCUCUUUACAGUUUCACAGUUUGAAACAACUGUGGAGCACUCAUCAAGGUGCAACAAGUUGCUGCUUGCUGUUUGGCUGUAAACGUUACUCAGGCAGAGGUGACGAGAACUGAGCUGGUGCCCAUUUGACAUUUGCCUUCUCUUUACGCUGCAGCCUUUCAGUAUCAAUGCAUCAUGUUCAUCCAGUUAAAUUGGUGCGAUUGUCUCUUAAAAGUCACUAAAAAAAAUUCUGGUGCAAGCAACAUUGAGAGGGCACAAUGCAGCACAUAUGCAUUUGCAACCUGAUUUUUGAUGUCCCACGUUUUCCUUUUAAUGGGCAUUUAGUGCACAAACUUCUCAAACUGAUGUGACGACAGCACAUUCUACGCUUCUAUGUAAAAGCAAUCACAUUCACAUGCAGCUCAGUCUUUGCUUUUGAUUUUUGGUCAUUGUGCUUUGCUUUUCCUGCUUUUUGUAGGAUGAAAACUGAGAGAAAAAUAUUCCCUCAGUCUGCACUUCAAGGACCUGCUUUGUGGAAACUUCAAUGUUUGUUUGCUGUAUUGUUGCACACUGACCUGUCAGUUUCAGCAUCUACUUGAGUCUCAUGCUGCUGGUAUACUUUGGGCAAUCAGUCUGUAAGUGUUUGUCAAAAAGCACAUGUUAGGUGGAGGGGAGAAAACUUUUUUUUCUUUACCAGCUCUAAAGCAGGCCAUAAUAUCAACUUUUAUCUUCCUUGUCCUCCAUUGGCACAAAGAACUGUCCCGAGUUGAGCUCCUGAUCCUUUAUUUUGCCAAAGAUAAUGACUGCACUAUGAGAAAAAGGGGCAUACACUGUGUUCUUCCUUUAUUUGUUCUGAGAACAUUGUUGCCCAUACCUAUCACUUGCCCAACAAGCACACCAAUUUUAUUGGGUCUUUUGUCGGAAGGCACACUUAUAAGGUUAUGAGUGUGCAUGUGUGAUAAUGAUUGUGCUAGAUCCCUGCUAGAGGUUGUCAUGCUUCUGUAAUUGCUCAGGGAGGUUAACGCUGCAGCAUUUCUUUUUUUUGCCUCUUGUCACCAUGCAUGUGCUUUUGGAACACUUGCCAUGUGAAAUGUGUUUGGCUGAAUUACAACUGCUGCAACAUCCCACUGCAGUCACCAUAUGGUCUAAGGCCUCAGUAGUGCCAUUGUGUAAAGUGUGUAGCCCGGUCAGCACAGUAAUUUUUUUUUUUUUUUCCUGACCCAGCUCGUCAUGUAAGCAACCACGCAGUGCAGGCUGCCAUUGUCUAUCCACUCAGGUCUUGUAGGUUAUGCUGAGACUGUUGGUGUUUUCAGCAGUUCUGCUCAACAUGUUACAAUGGCACUAACUGUUCAUUUAGGUGAUGCAGCAUGCCAUGUUCACAUUUUGCCUGCCUUUUUGAAAAGGCUGCCUAGCUGAUUGCAGUAGCAUUACAUAAAUGCUAUGUAGCUUAAGUCUCUGUGCUUGCAGAACUGCAUUGCUUGAAAGCAGGCCGAAGGGCGACCCAUAGUACACCAUGCAGCUUUUCGUUAUAUGUGUGUCUUCUUCUUUGUUGUUUCCAAGCAGUGCAGUUUUGUAAUCAUCAACCAACUAGCUUGACAUUUCUUUUCUUGAGUCCUCGCCUGCACAUGAGCUGUGAUCACGCAUUUUGCUUACCAAAUACGCUAGCACAAUGGUGCUUCAUAUUCAGGAUAUCUCUGGACGUUGGACGAUGGCACACCAAUGUGCAGCUAGUGCCUCGUGGUGGCUUGCAUGUGGUUUGGGUUGGGAAGAGGAGUGAUCUUGUCUGCAUGGCGUUGCUCUGAUGGUGGAAGCAGGAAGUUGUGGUUUGUAGUGCCGUGAAUGCUGCUGUGUCUGUUUAGCACAUUUAUGCUUGCUUUCUGGCCAGAUCUAAUCCCCAUGGGUGCGUGUUCAUGCACAUGUAGUCUGGAAUGGUUUGCUUGCAGCUUUUUGCCGAUGUUAAGAAACAUUUCAUGCAGGGCAUGGGCUGGACAUGAAGAUAUCUGAGCCAGAUGCUUGCUUACCGAUUUGCUCCAAUAUAAUACCAAAUCCAGUUGUUUUGUUCUCACUGCCGCUGUGCUCACAAAUGUGCUAACUCACUCUUAACUGUAGUGCUUGGGGCCCUCUAUCUCUGAUGUCUGAUGUGAAGGUUUCAUACCGUGAAAAUGCUAGUUAUGGUGUGAUCGUUUAUUUUAUACUUUUUAAAGAAAUAUUUCUAUUUACUACAGACAAAAGAACACAUUCCACCAGUUUAAAUGAAUAUGAAUGAAUGCGAGUUGCAUUUCAGUGGCUGAAUGCAAUGCUUGAAUUGUUUAUGGAAACUUACUACGGGUGUGUAACUUGUGCAUGUUAUUUUGUGAUUUUUUUUCUUCCCCAUAUCCUCCAAAGUACACGGAACUCUACUGCUUCCAAAGGUAUCGCUGAGCUCGCGGCAUGCUUCUGGCAAUUUCGCUUUUCUUUUCUGACUAGAAGUCACAUUGCCUGUUGGCCAGUGGUAUUAGCAUUUUCAUAUGUAAAAGAUUUGUAACAUCUAGCUGAAAUGAAUGGGGCAUUGUAUUCGAAGGUUAAGCUGCCAUGCAGAUAUACCUUCAUGUGCAUAUUUUAGCAAAACGAAAGUACGCUGUUUUGGUACUUUAAAGAGCAGUUACCAUGUCAAACGGCAGUUUUGCCUCAUGUUGACUUUAGAACUUGACUGCUUUGUUUUUAGUAAAUUUUCUUAUUGUGUACCAAAUUCAUGACAGGGGCUUGAACAAAGCAACAAGUCCUGGUGUAUUUCUUUACAAAUACAGUGGAUGCAACUUAAUGUGAGGGGAGAAGGCAAGUUGUGUUUCCCACACACCUUUGGUGCUGUGUGUGUGAGACAUGCCAGUUUUUGAAAGUCCAUCGCCCUGAACUACAAGUCUGCCAGAAGCGUGUUCUGUGGGAGUGGCUUAAAUUAUGAUGUCCCCCCAACUCUUCUUUUUUUUGUGUGUGUCCUGAAUAAAAGGCCCACCACUUAAGAGCAGUUGUGCAGUAUAUAAACAAGUGUACAUUCCAUGUGGAUUGCAUGUUCUGCACAGAUAUAGAGAGCAUGCUUGUAUUCAUGUUUUGUUGUGUAUUUAUUCUUUUUUGUUUGUUUCUUUAGAGAUGUAUGAAUGCCUUGCUUGAACCUUGAUAGAUUCAACCCCAAUUGUUGCAUUCAGCUGCCAAGAAGUGCCUUGAUAACUGUAAUUUAACUGCCACUGAACUGCUCCACGUGUUUUUUUUCUAGCCUCUGUUUGAGUGCACUAAAAGAAAGAAAUGUUUUUAUAUAUGCUGUAUGCAUGGGAAUCCUUUAAGCACAUGGGAAUCCUUUAAGCACGUGCCAUAGGUUUCCCCUGGGGUACAUGUUUGCAGUAGAGUAGCGCUAAGACAUCACGCGUUGCAAGGUGCUAGUAUUGUGUGUAUGCACUUGAGCUCACAUUCACGAAGCUGUUUACAUGUAAUAACAAUCUGUGGUUGAUUAGCUGUGCUACCUAGGCUGCUCUUUUAUUGGCUGUCAUGAUUGGCCUGCACAUGAGUGCUGAUCAAUUUCAAAGUGUUCCGAUGUGCAAAUGGCUUUGUAAAUAUGGUCCUUGGUUUAUGUCUGUUGCUGGGGUUGGGCCAGGUUUGCACAAAUGCCACCAGUUGAGAACUGAGCUUGGAUGCUCCUUGCGUAUAAAAUUGCACAUGCAUUCACAAAUGGAGCUUGGGCUUGGGACAAGCUGGAGUUAGUGCAGCGUGCAAUGUGUAGUGCCAUUCGCACUGAGGAUUAUAACGAAGCAAUGAGGCAUGGGAUUGUUGCACCCUGCAGAAUAAAUGUAGGACUGUAUUCUGUAACUGUCCUCUUUCCAUUCAAUUCUUUCCGUAUCGUCGGUCACGCCAAGCUGCCACUUCUGGAAAUGACAUUGUGAAAGCAUGUGGACCAAUGACAAAGGGCAGAUGGAAAUCUUAAAGGGCUCCUCACCAGGCCACAUAGCAAAUUUUGAUUAUGCGCUGGAAGUAGUUAUGUGCCCCCUAAGGAGUGUUCUACAGUGAGAAUUCUUUUAAUUAGUUCAUUAAUGAACCCAUGAGUUCAUGAAGCAUGCAUCACCGCCAACAUAAAUACUCUCUACACUUGCCGCGUCUAGCUUCUGCAAGCAAAAUUCCUUCCCUGUAUUCUCCCAUACUGGAGCCGGAGGAUCGCCUGAUGAACACAUCACGGGCCUCACUUUUUUUUUUUCUCUCGUGUUUUUGCUGAGUGGCACACUUCUGGUGACAGUCUCACGUGCAAGCUGUUGCGUUUGUCUCGUUUCACGCAGCAGACAAUUUUGCACGCUCUGCACAAGAACACCUGAUUAGCGGUAUAAGUCAGUGCCACGACCACGAGCACUGAGGCAGACGUGAGAGGAUGAAAGAGCAUGAUCGUGGCCCUGGAAAAUUGUAGAAAAUGGCGUAGUUUAGUUCUCUGUGUACACGAUUGCACGGUGUGGGAACAAAUAGACGAAACGGACGUACGUAUCUCUUGGUAUGGUACAAAGUAAAAAAACAUUCAGUUUGUAUGUUGUAUGAUUUCUCUGAACUUUAAUUCUAUUAAAGCAAUAGAUAAAGUAAACUGAUGUAAACUGAAGUAAACUGAUGUGGCCUUGACUAAUUCACGUGGCACUGAGUGACAUCAAUGCACUACCAUGUACCUAGGCGCACUUGCACGAUUGACAACUGUUUGGCUGGCAGCAUGGUACCUUCGAGGAGAAGGGCAAACGGCGUUUGGUUUGAAACUUAAGCUCUUUCCAUGUCAUUUAGGGACGUAAUACUUAGCAGACACGAUAAUUAGCACACAUUGUAUGCACUGCAUUUGUCAUACCAAAAUGGCCGGACCUGGUAGGGGCUCUUUAAACAAAACCUGGGACCUAAUCUGAUCUUUUUCUUUAAAAAUUGAGUUUGAUACUGUGGGUGGUUACAUGGACUUUAAAGAAGUAUCGAUAAUGAUAAAUACUUUUUAAAUCGUGUUUGAUGGGAGAAUAUUGCACAAUAUAUGUUAAAUUGGUCAUGACGUGGUCGUUCAAAUAUUCUCAGUUUGUCAUUGUAACUGAGAGUGGAGGGGCCAAUAUGUUUGUACACAUGAAAAGAAACUGGGCCCUCGGCACACAUUUUAACCAGAAAUAUUUAUUUGAGAUCACUGCAUCUAAGUGGCUCCAACAGCGACUGCUAUUUUGGCAUGCCUUGUGCGACAUCAAGAAGUGGGUGACCACUGCCUUGUCGUCUGCUCAAGGCAUUCCAAAACCGUAUGCAUGCUGUGCCAGACUUCUUGCUUUACACACUCUGGCACCUAAUGGUGCAGCAAGGGCAUUGCCAUUGCAUUGUGCUCGCAAGUAUUUCACUCAUGCAAUAAAAACAGCACAAACCAGGGGAAGCCUGCAGAAACAAUCUUUAUCAUUGAGACUCGCAUGCGAAAAUGAUACUAUGUGUAUACUGUGCACAUCAACCACGCCGAACACACAUUAUUUCAUCACCCAGCAGUGUUGCCAGACUGCUGUUUGGUUAAAAUUGAAAUAAAGUUUUCUACCACACCGAAUGCACUCAAAUUUUGCCAGCUUGCUGUGGGAUGCAAACGGUUUAUCAUGUAAGGCACAAUUCAAGAUAGAAAUUUGGCAUCAUGGUCCCUUUAAGCAACUUGCAGGUUUAAGCUAGUUGCUUGUACAUGUUUUCGUCUUUCUUUUUUCCAAAUUCUACCUUCGUGCUGAUAUUCACAAUAUCGUAUCACAUUUGAAUAAUUUGACUGAUGUGACCGAGUUUCUUCUGCUUGCAUAAAGCUAUGUCUCACAAGUGCAGCCGCGAUCAGGUGUACUGCCUCUACAGCAUCUGUACAUAAGCUGCAUUUGCUAUGCACAGGCCAAUAAAGAUUGGCUGCAAAGUCAGAGAUGCCAAUAAAACAGCAGUGGAUGUUGACGGACAGAAGUUGACGUGGUGGCAGUUCUUUGCAGAAAGUGAAGGCAGGCAGGUCACCCAGAUGGCAUGCCCAGUUUUCUACCCUACACAGGGGUCAAAAAGAGAUUGACAAGGACAGUUGAGCUAGUUAGUGCACUGUAUUUUAGCCAGCUUUGCAGACAACUGAGCAGAGAAAGAAGGAACACAGCAUUGUAUUGUGUUCCUCUCUUUGUCUGAUGGUUCUCUACUAAGCUUACUUGUGCAGCAUGAAGGAAAUUUUCUGCAACAAAUUUUUUCCCCCUAGUUGAAUGUAGCUUUUUGCAUCCCAAGCUCACUUGUGCAAAGUCCAAAAAGAAGAAAAUCUGAGACAGAUACUGUACUAUGCUUUCUUGAAUGCUUCACGCUCACUUACUAAUUGGAACAAAACAUUCACUAGAAAUUAUGCAUGAAACAUUGCAACUAUUAAUUGACAUAUUUGUUGAUGAGUAAAUAUAGCCAAAAACUUCUCCUUUUUCUUUUUUUUGCUUUUACUGUUGCAUACAUUUGUGAAAGACCUUGGCUUAAACAGAAAUGCCAAAGUCUCUAGGUGUGUCAUUAAGAACUCAUCACUGGCUGGGGCUAGCACAGUUAUGGUAGAGCAGUAACAUUUCCCUCACUUGCUUGUCUAUGAAGUCUGUUGGGGCUGUCUGAAAACAAAAACAAAACAAGAAAAACGAGGGACUCAAUUAUACAAGUAUUAGCAAAUAGCUUCUGUGCUGUGUGGCAAUUGCACAGAAAUAUGGCAUUCAAUCUCCCCACUACAACUGUUGCAUCACAGUGGCCGCGCACAAUGCUCUUGCAUUUAGAGAACUAAUUCAGUCUGGUGCUUAUUACAGAAAGGUAUAUAAAGUGCCUUGCUGCUGUGCAAGAAAACAAAUGCAAUGCUCCAGAAUAGUGGUCGGCACAGUCUUUUCAAUUUUGCACAACACUGAAAAUCUCUUGAACUUUAUAGCGAUGUAUAGUGUAGAAAAAAAAAGUUGUGAAAUGUGUGUUGUUUUUCUGUGAAUUGUGUCAAGCCAAAGGCUUCUAAAGAAAAUAAAAGGUGAGGCCUCUAUAAUUGUG